AUGGUUCUGCGGGAGUCCCCAUUCCCCAACUGCUUUGUGGAGGGCCUCCAUGCAGUGGGCUGGGGCCUCAUCCUGCCCUGCUUCUGGUUCCUGGACCGCCUCAUUGCCGUCUGCAUGUCCACCAGCCUGGAACGCACCCAGCGACACGAGCAGGAGUGUUAUCUCCACCCUCUCAAGGUCUUCUUCGGCUUCAUCCUCUUCCUCGCCCUCUUCCUGGUCACGGCUCCCCUGGCCUUCCUGGGGUUCCUGCUCUGGGCUCCCCUCCAAGCCGCCCGCAGGCCCUUCUCCUACCACCAGGAGCCCCCGUCAAGGCCAGCACCAGCCGAUGAGGGGGAGAGGAACCUGGGCUUUGAGGCAGGGGCCAACAAGGCCACUUUUGGCUUUGCCACUGCCAACCUGUGUCUGUUGCCAGACGGCAUUGCACGCUUCAACAACCUGGGGCACACGCAGCGCCGUGCCACCGCCAUCGGCCGGAGCAUCGUGCAGGGUGUGAACCGGCCACACAUCCGCAUCUUCGUGGACUCCCCCAGCAGCUGUGGCACCCUCAGCCCCUCCAGUAGCCUGCUCCCUGGCCCCUCCACCACCAGCCCUGUCUCAUACGGUGCUACAGACCCAGCCUUCCAGCCACCACCCCAGGCUCCUCCUACUGUGAAGGCCCAUUCAGACGAGGACCAAGCUGACGGAGCAGUCCCAACAACAACGACGCCCCCCCAAGCCCAGUGACUCAAACUGUGUGGUGUACGUGCCCUGUGACGACACCGAGGACCCUUCCCCUUCUCCUGCCCCUGUCAUCAACACCAACCAGAACUCCAACCAGCAGGGCCGGAAGGGCCACAGGAACCCUCCGCGGGCUCUACACACUCAGGGGGUCGCCCAGCGCGGCCAGGCUGGGCAAGACGACGUGCCCUGGGAGGUGUCCUCUCUCUUCCCGGCCAACGUGGACAUCCUGUGUCUGGAGGAGGUGUUUGAUAAGAGGGCAGCUCUGAAGCUGACCAACACCCUGGGGCCCCUGUUCAACCACAUACUGUAUGAUGUAGGGGUGUACGCCUGGCAGCCUCCCGGCAGCUGCUCCUCCUUCAAGUUCUUCAACAGCGGCCUGUUCCUGGCCAGCCGUUACCCAGUGCUGGAGGCCCAGUACCACUGUUUCCCUAAUGGCCGGGGGGAGGAUGCCCUGGCUGCUAAAGGCCUGCUCUCUGCCAAGGUACCACUCAUCACAGAGAUCCUAUUACAUUACUAGAGGGGAUGAGGUCAAAGACCCUCAGAAUUCUAGAAUGGGCUGAUAAUGGCAGCCAUUUUGAUUAAAUUAAGGAGAAAUCCAGUUCUAAUUUGUAAUUCUAUGCCACUCACUGUCAUUAUAGCUCUUGUCUUUCUCACCUGCACUUUUUUUUUUUUUUCUGCUUAUAAUAACUGUGAUAUGUGUUAGUUUUUUUCCUGCUAACCUUAGUUGAAUGCACUGACUGGAGAGCGUCUGUUAAAUGACUAAAAUGUAAAUGUAAUGUAAUAUCUUGUUGCCAUUAACGCUCCUACUGUAUUGUGUUACUGUUGUCAGUUAUUGUAUUGAUAAUAGCCACUCCCUUUUAGUCGUAGGUGAAGUAAUGGUUUGUGGGUGUUCCCAGGUGCUAGUUGGCCAGAAUCAGAAAGAGAAGAAGCUGGUUGGAUAUUUUAACUGCACACACCUCCAUGCACCUGAAGGCAAGUCAUCUUCAUUCAUUUUUUACUUCAUUCAAAAUGGCACCUUAUUCUCUAUUUACAGCACUACUUUUCACAGCUCAUUAUAAUGUAGCUACUACAUUGUAGUUACACUGUUUAUGCACACCACAUUUAUAUACUGGAUUCUUUAUAUAUUGGUAUCUACUGCUGUAGUUCAGUGCUUUCAGAAAUUAUUCAGACCCCUUGACUUUUUCCACAUUUUGUUACGUUACAGCCUUAUUCUAAAAAUUGAUUAAAUUGUUUUUUCCCCUCAUCAAUCUACACACAAUACCCCAUAAUGACAAAGCAAAAACAGGUUUUUAGAAAAAGUUGCAAAUGUAUUACAAAUAAAAAAACAGAUCACAUUUACAUAAUUAUUCAGACCCUUUACUAAGUACUUUGUUGAAGCACCUUUGACAGCGAUUACAGCCUCGAGUCUUCUUGGGUAUGACGCUACAAGCUUGGCAAAAUGUAGUCCCCUGUAGCUCAGUUGGUAGCGCAUGGUGCUUGCAACGCCAGGGUUCUGGGUUCGUUUCCCACGCGGACCAGUAUGAAAAUGUAUGCACUCACUAACUGUAAAUUGCUCUGGAUAAGAGUGUCUGCUAAAUGACUAAAAUGUAAUAUAAAUGUAUUUGGGGAGUUUCUCCCAUUCUUCUCUGCAGAUCCUCUCAAGCUCUGUCAGGUUGGAUGGGGAGCGUUGCUUCACAGCUAUGUUCAGGUCUCUCCAAAGAUGUUAAAUCGGGUUCAAGUCGGGGCUCUGGCUGGGCCACUCAAGGACAUUCAGAGACUUGUCCCGAAGCCACUCCUGCGUUGUCUUGGCUGUGUGCAUAGGGUCGUUGUCCUGUUGGAAGGUGAACUUUCACCCCAGUCUGAGGUCCUGAGCGCUCUGGAGCAGGUUUUCAUCAAGGAUCUCUCAGCACUUUGCUCCGUUCAUCUUUCCCUCGAUCCUGACUAGUCUCCCUGCAGCUGAAAAACAUUCCUACAGCAUGCUCUACCACCAUGCUUCACCGUAGGGAUGGUGCCAGGAUUCCUCCAAACAUGACAUUUGGCAUUGUGCCCAAAGAGUACAAGUCUUGGUUUCAUCAGACCAGAGAACCUUGUUUCACAUGGUCUGAGAGUCCUUUAGGUGCCUUUUUGGCAAACUCCAAGCGGGCUGUCAUGUGCCUUUUACUGAGGAGUGGCUUCCGUCUGGCCACUCUACCAUAAAGGCCUGAUUGGUGGAGUGCUGCAGAGAUGGUUGUCCUUCUGGAAGGUUCUCCCAUCUCCACAGAGGAACUCUGUAGCUCUGUCAGUGACCAUCGGGUUCUUGGUCACCUACCUGACCAAGGCCCUUCUCCCCCGAUUGCUCAGUUUGGUCGGGCGGCCAGCCCUAGGAAGAGUCUUGGCGGUUCCAAACUUCUUCCAUUUAAGAAUGAUGGAGGCCACUGUUUCUUGGGGACCUUCAAUGCUGCAGAAAUGUUUUUGUACCCUUCCCCAGAUCUGUGCCUUGACACAAUCCUGUCUCCGAGCUCUACGGACAAUUCCUUCGACCUCAUGGCUUGGUUUUUGCUCUGACAUGCACUGUCAACUCUGGGACCUUUAUAUAGACAGGUGUGUGCCUUUCCAAAUCAUGUCCAAUCAAUUUAAUUUACCACAGGUGGACUCCAAUCAAGUUGUAGAAACAGCUCAAGGAUGAUCAAUGGAAACAGGAUGCACCUGAGCUCAAUUUCGAGUCUCAUAGCAAAGGGUCUGAAUACUUAUGUAAAUAAGGUAUUUCUGUUUUUUAUUUUUAAUGAAUUUGCAAAAAUGUCUAAAAACCUGUUUUUGCUUUGUGAUUAUGGGGUAUUGUGUGUAAAAUAAAUAAUUUAAUCAAUUUUAGAAUAAGGCUGAAACUUAACAAAACGUGGAAAAAGUCAAGGGGUCUGAAUACUUUCCGAAUGCACUGUAUAUACUUGAUUCUUGACAUAGCUAACUAUAAUAUCUACUGAUGUGCAUAUCAUUCUUAGUAUAUAUUUUUGCUGUAUAUACGCACAGAUUGCAUUUGUUUUCAUGAUACAGAAUUAUUUGGUUGUGAGAACGUAAAAACUGAGUAAAGAUUCAAACGGACGACUAGAAAAAGCUCAAGCCACGUUUGUUCAAUCCACUGGGUGCCUCAGCUGCAAGCACAACAUACAAGCACAUAUCUAUACCUUCUGACUAGGAGGCAACUCCUUGUAUAACUAAGAUAAACAAUCCUUCUCUGUUGCUAGGCAGGAACUAAGUAUGUUCCUCUUACUGGUGUUGUCAUGGCCCUGCAUGAGUCUAGAACCUUCAUUGGAGCGUGGAAGUGUGUGUGAGAUAGGACUGUAGUUAGGUAGUCUUCGGGGUGGGCCCCUCUGGCCCCCCUCCCAGAGGUUUCUUCUCUCUUCAACUGUUGACCUUAUUGAGUUGAGUUCCACAUCCCUCCUGGUCCUAGUUCCACAGCAACUGGCCUACCUUAUCAGGAACUGGGACUAGACUGUUGCUCUGUACCUCCUUCCUUAGAAAUAUUAAUAUUCAGCAAUAACAUGUUUGAAUAGACAGAAACUUUCUGCACUUCCCAUCGUCUCACUCUUUAACUUUCCACUAACAAAGUUCCUAUUCACCCUUCAUUGACCCCUAACAUAUACAGUUCUUAUACAUGUAAAUUACUCAAUAAGGUAUAAUAUGAUGACAGGAAUAAUUAUAUUUCAAGACAGAAUCCGACAGUUGUUAAUUGGAUUUCUUCUAAAAUUGUUGAUUUGUUUCUAGUUUUCCAUUAUUUGUGUACUUGUUUGACAUUUUACUGCCCUGUUAGGAGCUAGUAACACAAGCAUGUCGCUGCACCAUCUAUAACAUCUGCUAAACUGUGUACGUGACCAAUAAACUUUGAUUUGAUUUUGAUUUGGGAGGCAGACAUUGUCUGUUCAGCACCAGUCUCUCUUUUCUUGUAUUGUAAUGGGGUCAAUAGUGUUUUAUCACACGUUGAGAUAACUGUUCCCUGUGUGUCCUGUGCUAUGAUUUUGCUGAGCAGGUGAAGGGGAGAUCCGCUGUGAGCAGCUCAACAUGAUCACCAAGUGGAUCCAGGAGUUCCAGGCCACCAAUAGCAAGCCUGAGGAGGUGGUCGUGUUUGACAUGCUUUCUGGGGAUUUCAACUUCGACAACUGCUCACCUGGUACGUCUGCAUCCCAAAUGACACCCUAUUCUCCACAGUGCACUACCUUUGGUGAGAGCCCUAUGGGCCUUGGUUAAAAGUAGUACGCUAUAUAGGGAAUAGGGUGUCGUUUUUGGACAAAUUUCUGUUUACAUGUAGAGUACAUUGGCUCUGCAUGCAGUUUGUCUUGAGAAACAAUGUUUACAAGUGCCUGGUCAAAAUUGUAUAGAUGGGUGUCUAUGUGGGCUUGAUGUCAUGCAACAGUUUUCAACAUUGUUCCAUGUUUUUGUGUGUUUUGUCCUUGGACUGUCCAGUUGACAGCCUAGAACAGAAGCACAGUCUGUUUGAGGAGUACAGAGACCCCUGCCGGGUCGGGCCUGGCCAGGAGAAGCCCUGGGUCAUUGGUGAGUUGGACUGUUGCACUAUUUCUUGAUGUGCUCAUUUAUGUGACAUGAAUAUAAUGUUUUUAACCACUUGUAUAGUCAGUCCCCUGUACAAUCCCCAGCCCACGUUGAAGUAUAUUGUCUGUUGUUUUAUGUCUUGUAAGGAGUUUAGUUUUUUUUUAACCAAGGCACAUUUCUGUGGAAACAGACAAUAACAUGUUUUGUUAUGUUAUAUUGUUCAGGCACUUUGCUGGAACAGCCUACUCUGUAUCAUGAGGAUGUAAGGACCCCAGAGAAUCUUCAAAGGUAUGCUAUCCCUCAGACUGCAUUUACUGAAUGUAGUCAAUGGGCCCUGGUCAAAACAAGGUAGUGCACUACACCACAUAGUGAAUAAGGUGUCAUUUGGGACAUGUGCUAAGUUCCUCUGAUCCCAUCUCUGUCUCUGUAGGACCCUGGAGAGAGAGGAGGUGAGGAAGCAGUACAUCUCCUCUCCUGUGGCCCUGGACGGCUGUCCCCUGGUCUACCCUGAGUUGGGUCAGCCCUGGGUGGGGCGCCGCAUCGACUACAUCCUCUACAGAGAGAGCUCCAUCUCCAAGCACUGCCAAACUGUACGUGUUUCCAUACAUUUCCCCCUCUCUGGUUAGCUAGCUAGGUUAGCUAACAUGAGCUAGCUAUCAGAUACCUGCAUUCUCAUUUAGCUGUAUAGAGGAGUCCACUUCCUUCAUGUUCUCCUCUCCCCACUCUUGACUUCCACCUGUAUUAUUGAAAUGAUAGCUUGGAACACCACGAGGAUGUGUUCUAGGAAAUGUGUCUGGCUGCAGUCAUCACAACAACAUGUGUGCCUAUUCAUUCUGUUUUGAUUGCAACCUUUUCUCCUGUCUUUCUUUGCCCUGUAGGAAAUCGAGGAGUUCACCUUUGUGACCCAGCUUGCUGGCCUCACCGACCACAUUCCAGUGGGCCUGAGGCUCAACGUGAUCCUUGACUCAGACAAUGCCCAGUCCGAAGAGUGACAACCCAAGCCUGAAAUCCUUUGGGGAGAAGGGAAAGACAUGUGCUUCAUCCCAAAUGGCACCCUAU